UGCCACGACUUGCCGUCUGCGGCGGCGGCGGCAGCGAGCGGAUCCCGCAGGGGAAGGAGGAGGAGGGAGAGCCAAGGGGGCUGUGAGUGAGCGGGAGAAGCAGGGUGUGAGCAGGACUUGCCAGCGGGAGGGAGAACGAGUGAGAGCCGAGCCAGCCAUCCGAGCCGCCUCCUCCUCCUCCCCUCGGCGUCCCGCCCCCGCCUGCUAGCCCGCCCUUCUCCCUCCUCAGCCGGCAGAGCCCGAGUGAGGCGCAGCUUGGCUCGCGCCGCUGUCCAGGACAGGUGUGCGCGCGCGCGCCCUCCUCCCCUCCCCCUUUCCUCGCGCCCGCCUAGCGCCUGCCUCGCGCGCGCCCUCCCUCCCUCCAGCCCGCGCCCUCCCUCACCUGCGGCAGGACAGCGCCCGCCCGCCCGCCCGGAUCUCGCGAGAGUGGCUGACUGGCUGUGGGGGUUGCGGCGGCAGCAGGCGGAGCCGGGGAGGGAAAGCAGCGGCGGCUGAGGCGACUGAGGCGGCGGCGGGCGGAGCGGCAGGCGGCGGCAGCGCGGCGGCGGAGCGCAGCAUCAUGGCGGACCGAGACAGCGGCAGCGAGCAGGGUGGUGCGGCGCUGGGCUCGGGCGGCUCCCUGGGGCACCCGGGCUCGGGCUCGGGCUCCGGCGGGGGCGGUGGUGGCGGCGGGGGCGGCGGCGGCGGCAGUGGCGGCGGCGGCGGCGGGGCCCCGGGGGGGCUGCAGCACGAGACGCAGGAGCUGGCCUCCAAGCGGGUGGACAUCCAGAACAAGCGCUUCUACCUGGACGUGAAGCAGAACGCCAAGGGCCGCUUCCUGAAGAUCGCUGAGGUGGGCGCGGGCGGCAACAAGAGCCGCCUCACUCUCUCCAUGUCAGUGGCCGUGGAGUUCCGCGACUACCUGGGCGACUUCAUCGAGCACUACGCGCAGCUGGGCCCCAGCCAGCCGCCCGACCUGGCCCAGGCGCAGGACGAGCCGCGCCGGGCGCUCAAGAGCGAGUUCCUGGUGCGCGAGAACCGCAAGUACUACAUGGAUCUCAAGGAGAACCAGCGCGGCCGCUUCCUGCGCAUCCGCCAGACGGUCAACCGGGGGCCCGGCCUGGGCUCCACGCAGGGCCAGACCAUUGCACUGCCCGCACAGGGGCUCAUCGAGUUCCGCGACGCUCUGGCCAAGCUCAUCGACGACUACGGAGUGGAGGAGGAGCCGGCCGAGCUGCCCGAGGGCACCUCCUUGACUGUGGACAACAAGCGCUUCUUCUUCGAUGUGGGCUCCAACAAGUACGGCGUGUUUAUGCGAGUGAGCGAGGUGAAGCCCACCUACCGCAACUCCAUCACCGUGCCCUACAAGGUGUGGGCCAAGUUCGGACACACCUUCUGCAAGUACUCGGAGGAGAUGAAGAAGAUUCAAGAGAAGCAGAGGGAGAAGCGAGCUGCCUGUGAGCAGCUCCACCAGCAGCAGCAGCAGCAGCAGGAGGAGACCGCCGCUGCCACCCUGCUACUGCAGGGUGAGGAAGAAGGGGAAGAAGAUUGAUCAAACUGAAUGGAACCCCCCCCCACACAUGCAUACACACACACACAUACACACACACACACAGCCACACACACAGAAAAUAUACUGUAAAGAAAGAGAGAAAAUAAAAAGUUAAAAAGUUAAAAAAAAAAAAAAAAAAGAACUGUUAACUCCAAGGGAGCACCACCCACAGAACCUCCACCAACUGACAGUUUCUCUUCUUGACUUGCCACCCAUCGCUGGAUGUUGUCCACUUUAUCCACCAUAUAAAACAGUAAGCAGCUGCUAAAAACAAAAAACAAAAAAAAAUACAAAAAGUAAUAACAUUAUAUGAACUGUGUUUCCUACUUGAUUAAAAAAUAUAAAGAACUGAGUGUUUAUUUCCCUAAUUAACCAAGAACUUUUGUACACGUUUAAGCUAUUAUUAUUAAAAGUGUUUGCAAAAUGGUCAAGAUUAUAAUAUUGCUGAAUUCUAUAAAAGUCCUUUUCAUGUUGAGCUAACAUUUGACUUUAGCACAAAAAAGAGAUAUUUUAGAACACGUAAAAUAAUAUUUUUAGUUUUUUCUCAUUUUGUUACCAAAUUUCAAACCUUACAUGGAGGUUAUUAUAGUAUAUUUGACACCCUAUAUACCUGUGAUUAGAGAUGUGUAUAUAUAUGAGGGCUAGGCAUGCUGUGUGUCUGAGCUUUGUCUAAAUGUUAUGCAGAAGUUUGUAGAGUUAAAGGUACGUAGGUUAAUUCAUGCAAGGUAAACAAUAAGUGCUCUCUUUUAUACAAUAUGCAUUGCAUCUGGACCUUAAACAUUUAAAAAUGGUCAGUGAAACUUCUGUGAACAUGAAGAAAUUAUUAAAAAAGGCAUUUAAAUGAAAUUUGCUAAGUUGUGAUUUUUACGGUUGGAACCAAAGUUAUUCAAGUAGUAAAAGAAAAAAGAGAAAGAAAGAAAAGGAAAUCUCCCAUAAUAUUUUUCUGCAUCUGUUUGCUUUGACUGAGUAGGCGUUUUGUCAUUAUUGUGUAUAUGAGAUGUACUUGUAUCGUUCAUAAUAUAUUUUUUUUAUUAUGUGUAGAAAGAUUUUAAAAACUAACGUGCAGCAAUUUCCAGUGAACCUGUACUUGGACAUCAGGUAGUGAGUCUAUUUGUGGUCACUAGCACUGUCUCCUAAACUUAUAAGAGGUCUGAAGCUAUCCUUUGAUUUUUGCCAGUGCUAUUAACUUAUGUAGACCCGUUAAAAAGCAGAGCAACACAAUUAUAGUUAUCCUACUGAGCCAUGGAUUCUGAGCUUCAUUUUAAAAGUGAAAGCCAAGUUGGUGUAUGUAAAGGAUUUCCAUGUAGCUGUGGUGCUAGUUAUUACUGGCUACAUUAUAUGCUAAGUGUAUUUGUGUUCCCCAAGUGUACAAGCCUUCUAUCAAAAGUAUGUUCUAUAACUCAUAUAUUCAAGGUGUAGGGUAUGAAAAUGCAAAGCUUAGGAGAGCACUUUACUAAGCUGGUGUCCUCCCAACUGAAAUUGUUUGUAACGAUAGUCUUUUACAGGUUUUCAUUUAAAGAUGUUCGUGUGCUUUUAAUUGACAACUAACUUCUUGCUGCUGUAUAGUAAAAUAUUAAUAUAUUUUUAUCAUUAAACUGCUGCAUGACUAU